AUGCCUUUCACCCAGCCCAGUGAAGGCGCCCGUGCAGAGUUCGAUGUGUACAACGACGUUGCUGGGAAUCAAACCAACGACAAUAGGGCAAUUAACAGCAACGACCGUAUAAAAGGUGGGAAGGGAGGGAAAGGAGCACGAGUUUCUUCUCAGCCCUUCAAAGGCGACCUGAGCCAGCUGUGGAACGUCGAAGCCCAUCCGACCAACAAUGCCCAAUUAGCAGUUUCGUCUGCGGAAACUUGCGAGUAUUUAACAGCGGACCCGAAGACCGGCGCAUUGGCAAUCUCUCCCACCGAACAACAUUGGCAGGUCGUGAGAGAUGGGCCCGGAUACAAGCUCGUUAUGCCAGGGUCCAAUUUGGCAAUCACACUUGGCGACGUUGCGGGGCUAGUCUCUCUUUCUGACAAGGAUACGAAUCAGUCUUUGCACAUUCUGGCGGACACAAAGGAGAAUCGAGAGGCCAUCAAGCAAGGUCGAAUUGUUCCUCCACCCGUUCCUACGUCUGAAGAAACCGCAAAACCGGAACCGGCCCGAACUGCCCCUGCGCCUAAUAUGCCGGCGCCAAUCAAUAAUCAGGCGCCAGUUGCUAGUAGUCAAGCGCCUGCCACACAUCAAUGCUACGGAGGCGUAAAUUUGACCAUCAAUCACUUGGGAGGACCGAGCGCACCAGCAGGUGACACAUCUGCACUUGCAGAACUCCAGAAAUUUCUUGCGUCAGAUGUCCGGACAAGGAAUCUAGUUAUUUUCCUCGGAACCCCCAGUCCGUUGGACUACCCCGUCCCUGCCAGAUCCAGCACAGAAAAGUUUGAUGAACUUGACGACUCGCCGGCUGCCCCUUUCCCGACGGGAAGUUCGGGCGAACCAUAUGAAGAACCUCUAAAACUACAACUUCCUUCUGCUGAUUUCUGUCACGUAAAGGCCACUGACAGUGGUGUCGCUUCCAAAAUCUGGUUCAUGUCGAAAGAUUUUGACCAAGCCAGCCUUGGAAUGCUUGUAUCAGUGCAGCUGUCCACUGUUGCUCGUGACCAGGGCUUCUCUCCCUCGAGCGACGACGGUAGUUGGACCUGGUUCGAAAUCGUCAUCUUGACGUCUCCAUUCAAUCAGAGCCCGAAGAUCGUCGGCGGACGCUCGCUCAAAUGGUUCAGUCACUGCAAUAAAAGGGCUGUUUCUUCCAACACCAAAUUAUGGGGGCCGAAGUUUGAGAAAAGUCAUGAAAUGUUCGAAUAUCUUGAGCCCGGAAAUAUCCUUGUAGUUCGCGUCUGUGCUCAAUACGAGCACUGGGAGAAUUUCGCAGAAAUCGGCCAUUUGCACUUAGAGUUUCGAGCGCAAAUUGGCAGCUGA